GGUUUUUUUCGUCACCCCCGCCCAUGAUACAUCACAGCCCGUACCUGGAGAUACCUACCCCAAACCCGCUGUCAGCCCGGCCACGUAGCUGUUUCUGACACACGCAUAUUGGCGGCCCCCCAGUUCCGGAUAGGCAACUCUCCAUCCACGACAAAUCCCCCGAAUCGCACCCCAUCGGCAACCAUGCCAGUCCUCAAGGACCGGAACGACGCGUCGGCAGGCCUCGAGUGGGCUAGUGUCAACGAGGAGGCCCUGAUCAAGAGAUCGAUCAAGAAGUCGCUCGAGCCCAUGAGCCCCAGAGACAUCAGGGUGGAGUGCGUCAAGGUCGAGGACUCUCCCAACCCGGUCGUCCAUGAGCCCUGGGUUACCUGGGUUUGGGUCGUCACGACCAAGGAGCUCCUUUCGUUCCAGCAGGCCAUGGCCGUCAGCUGGCGAGGGCUCUUGACCUUUUAUGCAAGCAUCCCCAAUAGGCGCAUGAUUCUCCCAGUCUUGAAUGUGGACGCUGCGCUCCCUGAGCAGGCGGAUUAUUGAGGUAUAAGCAUGAACGGCAAGCCCUGCGCGGAUGAUUCGUUUAGUUACUCGAAACCUUCUCUCCUUCUCCCCUCGUCUAUCCUUUUUUUCAGUUACGAUAGUCGGGCAACAGGACAUAUACAUAGCUUUGGGGGCGCUAUAAAAAUUUCUUACGACGUUGAAGUAGUUUAAGAGUCUGCGAAACACAAGAAGCAAAUGUGGCAGGCUACAUCCUACAACCAUUAUAUCAGGGUUUAGUUGGCUCGUUGGGAAUCCCCGAAUGGGACCUUGGCGCGUGGGUAUCAUCACGGACAUUAAAGAGUGCUGGUUCCAGCUCGGUUACAACCGGCGGCCAAAAGUACCGCUCACACCCAGCCCUAUCAGCACCAUCCAGGGGCCUCCCAUGCCGUCCUCACCAUCCCCGACGCUCGACGUCGAGAAGACGCUCGAAUCCCUGAGCCUGGCCGAGAAGGCCUCGCUCCUGGCCGGCUCCGACUUCUGGCACACGGCCGCGCUCCCGCGGCAUGGCGUACCGGCCAUCAAGUGCACCGACGGGCCCAACGACGCGCGCGGCGGCCGCUUCUUCAACACCGUGCGGCCCUCUGCGUGCCGUGCGGAACCGGCCUGGGCGCAACCUGGAACCGGGCCCUGGUGCGGCGUGCCGGCGCGCUGCUGUUGCGCGAGUGCGAGGCCAAGGGCGCACACGUGUGGCUGGGCCCGGACGGUCAACACGGAGACGGCCAAGAUGGCGCCCGACGUCCGCGUGCCGGAGCGCGCCCUGCGCGAGGUCUACCUGCGGCCCUUCCAGAUCGCCGUGCGCGACGGCAAGCCCGGCGUGGUCAUGUCGUCGUACAAUAAGGUCAACGGCGUGCGCGUUUCCGAGAGCCGCCUUGUUCUGGACCUGAUCCUUGGUCAGGAAUGGGGGUUUGAAGGACUGGUUAUGAGCGACUGGUACGGCACCUACUCUUGCGCCAAGAGCCUCAACGCAGGCCUCGACAUGGAAAUUCCCGGCCCCGCCCGGUACAGGAACACCCAGGCGACCCUGGCCGCCGUCAACUCGGGCAAGGCCGGCGUGCACACCAUCGACGAGCGGGCGCGCAAGGUGCUCGCGUUCGUCCGGCUGGCGACUGAGAGCGUCGCGCUGCUCAAGAACUCGGCGGGUGCCCUACCCGUCGACGCAGCCGCCUGCGCCGACGUGGCCGUCAUCGGGCCCAACGCCGGGCUCGCCGCGGCCUGCGGCGGCGGCAGCGCCAGCCUGCAGCCCCACUACACCAGCUCCGUGCUCGAGGGGAUCCGCGCGCACCUGCGGGCCGCGAACCCGGCCGCCAGGGUGCACCACGAGCCGGGCGUCUUUGGCCACGUGCUGCUCCCGCCCUUUAUCGCUGGCAAGACGGUGGCCGAGGUGCCGAUCGAGCUCUUCAACGAGCCGCACACGGUCCCCUCGCGCAGGGCCUUCGACAGCCUCCUAAUCCUGGACACGACGUACCAGCUCUUGGAAUACGAGCAUCCGCGUCGAGGCUGGCAGCGCCUCCACGUCCAAGGUGGUGGCGCCCGGCGGCGGCGGCGGCGGCUCGCUGCUGCCCCUCCCCGGCGGGGCCUGCCGGCUGGGCGGCAGCCUGGCGCUGGACCCGGACGAGGGCAUCCGACGUGCCGUCCAUCUGGCCCAGCGUUGCGGGCACGUCUUCGUCGUGGCCGGGCUCAACGCGGACCUGGAGAAGGAAGGUAUGGACCGCGCGUCCAUGUCACUGCCGCCGUGCUCGACGCGAACCCGGCCGCCGCCAUCGCCACCCAGGCGGGCAACCCGAUCGCCACGCCGUGGCGGGAGCGCGCGCCGGCCAUCGUGCAUUCGUGGUACGGCGGCUGCGAGGCCGGCGACACCGUCGCCGACGUGCUUUUCGGUGCCGCGAACCCGAGCGGCAGCCUCCCCGUGACCUUUCUAGACCGGCUCGAGGGCGGCCCGGCAUUUCUGAGUUUUGGCAGCGUCAUGUACGCCGAGGACGUCUUUGUGGGCUACCGAUGGUUCGAGGCCAGGCGCAUCGAGCCCGCGUUCCCGUUCGGCCACGGGCUGAGCUACACGACUUUUCGCGCCUCGGACGCCGAGGUUGCUCUGCAGGUUGAAAACACAGGAUCGAGAUCCGGCGCAAAGCUAGUCAGGCUCUACGUGUCCUUCGUGACAGCUAGGCCACUAGGGAAACUUUGCUUUCUGAGGCCGUUGAGGACUGUGGCUGGCUUCGAAAAGGUAUUCCUAGCCGCCGGGGAGUGCAAGUUGGCCACGCUGCCCAUCAGAAAGGACGACAUCUCUGUCUGGGACGAAAGGAGACAGUCCUGGUGCUGUGAGGCGGGCGAAUACUCCGUGUCAGCUGUUACUGGCGCAGACUCCCUGGAGGGCACCUUUACCAUCGUGAAGGACAUUUACUGGACAGGCCUUGAGUGUAAAUAACCGGAAACUAGUCCCCGAAAAGAAGCUGGCUCCUUGGUUAAUAGACGUUACAAUUUCGGAC